AUGAACCAAACCGAAAGCUCUGCCAACGACAAUAACCCCAAACCGGCCAUAACCGGAGAAACAUCCGCCAUACCGGAGUGGAUAACCGAGACAAUCAACGGUGGAUCACUCCCCCACGUCGACCUCCAUACCGGAGUCAACGGCUGGGCUACACCUCCAAGCAACGUCUUCCCUCUUCGCUCCAUAAACUACUUCCCCAACAAACAAAAAUCCCCAGGAGGAGACUACCUCCUCUCUCCCACCGGCGUUGACUUACUCAAAUCCACCACAAAACUCAACAACCUCCUCUCUCGUCCCGACAACCGCAUCAGAAAAGCCCAAUCCCUAAACACCUUCAUCUUCGCAAUAAACUUCCAGAUCACAGGCAAGGAACACCACAGCUUAGCCUUCUACUUCUCCACAGACCAACCAAUCCCUUCCGUACUAAAACGUUUCAUCGAAGGAGACGACACGUUCCGUAACCAGAGACUCAAAAGUAGUAAACCAAGUCGUGAAAGGGCCGUGGAUAGUCAAAGCCGCGACGGGGCAGUUCGGAGCGUUCCUUGUCGGGAAAGCUGUGACGUGUACUUACCAUAG